AGUAAAUAACUACAGUUCCUUCCACUGUAAUAGUGGGGCCAGUGAAUGCCACCCCUUCUGACAGCUGAUUGGUCGUUUUAUACACCACCCUAGGUGUCGCCAGUUAUAUGAUUCAUUGCUUGGCAAACAGAGUUUCACAAAGCUAUAGACACGGUUCAACAUCACAGUGUCUACCAUGGCGGAGGUUGAUAUCAUUUUCGCGGUAUGUUUCUGUUUAUUGCUAAUAAUACCAGGAACCUUGUGUGCAGAAACGCCAGUGGUGACGACAACUCUCGGGAAGAUCGUGGGUGAAAGAGUUAAUGUGGAUACCGGUAAUGGUUCUGGCAUUGUGGACCGCUUUCGUGGUAUACCGUACGUAAAACCCCCGGUGGGAAGACUUCGGUUCGCCAAUCCUGAGCCACAUCCCGGAUGGGGGGAUACUGUGAGAGAGGCCAAACAAUUUGGUCCGCACUGCCCGCAGCUCGACAGCAGGCUUCUACCGUACGUCCACCUAGGUAAGACAAUCACCGACAUCAGACGGGACGAAGAUUGCCUGUUUUUGAACCUGUACGUGCCACGUGGUGUUGACGUUUUGAGAGCGAGGAAUGAGUCGCUUGCGAUCAUCAUGUAUAUUCACGGAGGGAGGUUUUCUGCGGGCUCUGGUGCAUCGUACAACGGGGAUAUCCUUGCUCUCGAGGGUGACGUCAUUGUAGUCAGUGCUAACUAUAGGCUGGGGUUUCUGGGGUUCUUCAGCACAGGGACUGACGAGGCAAGGGGAAAUUACGGCCUGUAUGACCAGCACUCGGCUAUUAAAUGGGUACGGGAGAACGCUGAGGCGUUUGGCGGAGACCCUGAUCGUAUAACUUUAAGCGGCGGUUCUGCAGGGGGAGCUUCCGUGGAUUUUCAGAUGAUUUCACCAUUGAAUCGAGGUUUGAUACAGGGAGGGAUAUCAGCUAGUGGAACAGUCUUAGCACCUUGGUCUCUAGCCAGGUCUCUUAACUACAGUUUGGAACAAGCCAAAAGUGCCGGAUGUGGAAUGUCAAAGCCGCAGAAAAUGCUUCGAUGCCUCCGCAGUAUGGACGCUACCUUACUGGCUCAACAAGGAAUUGACUGGCGGCCAGUGAUAGACGGCCACUUCAUUCCAAAAGAUCCACGAGACCUCUUGAGACAGAACGUGACAUCCGGGCUUCGAUACAUGGUUGGCGCCACCUCCCAUGACGGCAGCAUCUAUACCUUACCCUUUGCGGGGAUUCCCCCUACAGUUGCCAGGCAACUGCAUUUAGCUAAAAACUAUGCUUUAGGGGAGUAUAGAUUUACCACGGAAAGCGCGGCAAUUGCUUUUGCCAGGUCGACGAUUACUGAAUACGGCCUAAUACAGGAUCCAAUGGAUCCUUUGGAUCUCCUGACCCGGGCGACGCAACAGAACACUGACUUUCUCUUCGGAAUGCCAGCAGAAGAGUCGGCGAGGCUGAACGAAGUGGGAGGUGCCACAACGUACAAAUACACACUGUCUGUCCGUUAUGGCUAUCCACUUUCUUACUUUCCUAAGGCGCCUUCUAUACGGGCUGAACAUUUUGAUACAGCUAUUCCAUUUUUUGGGGUUUUUGAGGAACACCCGGACGUGUACAGUUUGACUGCUGAGGAAAUGGAACUUAAUAGGGCUAUCAGACGCUACGUGGCUAACUUUGCAAAGAAUGGUGAUCCAAAUGUUGGUGACCCGGUCACCGUCCAGUGGCCGGAAUAUACAGCGUCUUCCAGACAAUUCAUGAACCUGGACACGCCCACCACCGUGGAAACAUUCGAUAGGGAGCGCCAGUAUCUGUUUGCGACCGAGGUACUUCCUGCAAUAGUGAGAGUGGGUAAAGAAGCUGACGAGGCUCGAGCACUCUCUUCUAAAGGAAAGAAAUGCAAGAAAAAAGGUUCGAAAAUGGGGAAAUCUCCAAGGUCCAAGAAGGAUUAACAUUGUUACAUCACAAUGUUUGAUUGUCUAUCCGUGACGAUACUAUCUUGGGCUUCGUUCACAUGAAAAAUCUAUUUUCUAAAAAUCUAUUUUCUAUUCGCGGUAUCUUGUGAUCACGG